AUGACCUCUGCUUCCAUUGAAAUAGCUCCCAAAUUGGAAGAAGAUGAACCUCUGAUCUCUAGAAUCAACAUUCACAAGUUUGCAGCAGAGUUCAUAGGGACAUAUAUUCUAAUACUCAUUGGAGUAGGAUCGAUAAUUGUCGAUGAAAGGGUGCACAUAACAUUGCUUGGUGUUGCCUUGGCUUGGGGCACCGUCGUCAUAGCACUUGUAUAUACUAUCGGGCACAUCUCCGGUUGCCAUCUCAAUCCGGCAAUCACCAUUGCCUUCGCCUCCAUUCGUCAAUUCCCUUGGAAAUUGGUACUUCCAUAUAUGGUGGUUCAAGUGCUUAGUGCAACUUUAGCGUGUUUAACACUUCGGUGUUUAUUUGUGGGUGAAAAUGCUAGCUUGAUGCUAUCUCAUCCUAUUGGAAGUACAGGAAACUUAAACGCCGUAACAAGUGAGAUCAUUGUUACUUGCAUCCUCAUGUUCGUCGUUUGUGGUACUGUCACCGAUCCCAUGGCAAUUAACGACCUCGCGGGAGUAGCUAUCGGUGCUACCGUUAUCUUCAAUGUCGUCAUUGCAGGGACAAUCAGUGGAGCAUCAAUGAAUCCUGCAAGAAGUUUAGGCUCUGCCUUUGCCACAAUGAACUUUCAAGGGAUAUGGAUAUACAUAACUGCACCAGUGAUUGGGGCUGUUGCUGGAUCAUCACCGUACUUCUUUGUUAGCUUACAUGAUUUUAAGAAGAAGAGCAGCAUGACUUUGAAAACAUGAGAGAAUUCACUUUGUAUUUUCAUCAUCUCUAAUGACAUUU